AAGUCGAGAGGUUCACGGUUUCACCGCAGUAGCCACAAAUAGGUCAGAUGUUUUGGUAUACUCUUUUAAGCUAUUUGGCUUUUGCUUCCGGUCAAUUAAAUGAGAAUAAAGACCAAUAUUGCGUGGAUCCUCGGACUUUUAAGAAGCAUGCAGCCAACACAGAAUGGGCUGAUGCUUAUUCCUGUACGAGACACAAGUGCCAGCUUAGCGGCAGAAAACUGGCUAUGUAUACAGUGGGAUGCAAGCGAGUGGAAAAACCAGAGUCUGCCAUUGAGUGUGAGGACGUAGUGGAGGACACCAACAUGCAGUUCCCAUACUGUUGUACAAGAUUAAGAUGCCUCGUUGUUGUGCAAGGCGAAGUCUGGACGAAAGUUCUAGGGCAGCCGUGGGAGACCCUACCAACUGCACCCUGGAGUCACAUGUAUAAGAAGAAAAAACCUCCUCCAAGUGACGAGAAAUUGCCAAAGCCUAAGGAUGAACAAGGACCAGUAUUUGAACUCCACACAGAUCUCAUGGAUGAACCGAAAAGAGCUCUGAAGAAAAACAUCUUAAGGAUGCAAAGUUUUAAGAAUACUGUCAUCAAACCAAAACCUACUUCGGAUGCUGAUAUUGUGAUAGCUUUGACGUCGGAUAAUGAAGAAAAUCGUAUAAAAGGACACAGAUCUUCCGGUUCUAAAAGAAUUAAUCAGGUCAACAACUUCGACAGUGAAUAUGAUUUUGAUAAAGAACGCGAAAUUGAUGACAAUGAAGUUAAUGAAAAAAAGCGACACCCGUGGUCCCGAAUACCGCCAAAAAGGUGGAGCGAACAAGAAGCAUUUGACGAAACUGAUACGGAAUUGCCACCCGAAAAGAAAGUUGAAGGUUCGGACCUGCAAUCUCUAGUAGAUGCUAUAGAAACCCGUAUGCGAGACAUAGAGGAUGUGGUGCAGCGUAUGAACCAUAACAUUGUCAGUAAAAACCCGGAGAAUAUAGAACGCAGAUACGAAAGCGAAAGCAAUGAAAAAAGAGAACACAUUUUAAUGGACCAAAAUUAUCACGACGAAGAAAAUAAUAAAACCGACUUCGAUUUUCAUGGCCGGCAUAAAACAGAAAAUAAAGAUGCUGAAUACCUACACAUUGCUGAAGAUAUAGCUACGGAAGCUGACCUUAGUAACAGCAUCUUCAAAAAGUUAUACACAGAAAAGUAUGAGGACAAGGAACCAAUGCUAACAUAUAUUAUGGCACCUGUAGAUAAUAGCCGAAAAUCAAAUAAAAUGUCUUCAUUUGAAAAAUCAAAACACAUGAAGCAUACUCGUAGAACCAAAGGAAAGAGUAAAAAACACAGGAAGCAUCACAAUAAAAAGGAAACAAAGAAGCAUUCUCAUAAACACUCUACAGAGUCUGAGAAGGAUAUUUUAUCUUUUGAAGAUAGUAUUGAGACACCAAUAUAUUGAUAUUUCAAUAAAUAUUUUUCAAUGUA